CAUCUCUUCAUUUACAAAGCACAAAUUUCCUUCCCUUUCUCACUGUCACUCCCUUCUCUUCAUUACUUUUAGUUCAUCAUCAACAUUAUCUCUUUGCUUUCAAGUCUUAUAUAAAGAUACAACCCUACUUUCUUCUUUCUUUGCUGAUUCAGUUCUUCACACUAUACACUUACUAUGGGGAGAUCUCCCUGCUGUGACAAAGUAGGGUUGAAGAAAGGGCCUUGGACACCUGAAGAAGAUCAGAAACUCUUAGCUUACAUCGAAGAACAUGGUCGUGGAAGCUGGCGUUCGCUGCCGGCCAAAGCCGGUCUUCAAAGAUGUGGAAAAAGUUGCAGGCUAAGAUGGACUAAUUAUCUAAGGCCUGAUAUUAAGAGAGGAAAGUUUAGUUUGCAAGAAGAACAAACUAUCAUCCAACUUCAUGCCCUUUUAGGGAACAGGUGGUCUGCCAUCGCCACUCACUUGCCGAAAAGAACAGAUAAUGAAAUCAAAAACUACUGGAACACUCAUCUUAAGAAAAGGUUGGCUAAAAUGGGGAUCGAUCCCAUCACUCACAAGCCUAAAAACGAUGCUUUAAUCUCCACUGCCGAUGGUCAAUCCAAGAACGCAGCCAAUCUUAGCCAUAUGGCUCAGUGGGAAAGUGCACGGCUCGAAGCUGAAGCUAGACUGGUUCGAGAAUCAAAGAUUCGUUCUCGUUCACUUCAACGUCAGCAGUUCAACCCUCCUGGUUUCGCCCUUGAGUCUCCUACAUCUACUCUUACUGUCUCCGAACCACUCAUUGCAGGCCUUGGAGUGAGCCCUGUGCCGACGAUCGAGUUCAUCGGCACCACUUCGGGUUCGUCGGAGACGGCCGGGAUUGUCAAAGAAGAAGGCGAACAAGAGUGGAAGGAGCUAGGAAGUUCAAGCAAUUUGGGUGAUUACAAACAGGGCAUGGGGAAUUAUUUGUCCCCAUUCACUUCUAGUCUUCAUGCUAUGACAGUUCCCAUGGAGCCAAAUAACAUCAAUGUUAAUGUUGGGGGCAUAAUGGAGGAAGGCUUCACUAAUCUUCUUCUCAACGAUUCGAUCGACCAGACUUUAUCAGAUAGUGGGAAAGAAUCCGACGAAAACAGCGGAGGCAGCGGGGAUGGCAGUGAUUGCUUUGAAGAUAACAAGAAUUAUUGGAAUAGUAUUCUGAAUUUGGUGAAUUCUUUCCCAUCUGAUUCACCAAUGUUCUGAACAAUUCAUAGAUCCUUGGUAAAGCU